UAGAUGUGCCUAUGACCUAGUGAUUUGCCAGUUUAAAUAAUCAAUUAACUUGGUUUUAGGGGUUACAUUUGGGUAGUGGGGGCUUGAUUAAAACUAUGAAAACUUGCAGUGUUAUUUUCUUUUCUUGCACAGAAAAUGGCACACACCAGUUAGGCCUGAAGCCUUGUCGGGGGUCAUCUGGUUUUCUGCCAUCACUGCUUUUUGAACCUAUUACUGAAUAUACCAGCUCUCAGGAGUGAUGCUGAAGGCAAACUGUCGUGCAUCAGAAAUGAGGAAGAACAGUAUCGUUACAUAUUGUGUAACCUUUUUCUUGCUGUCUGCAGUUCCAGAGAACCAAGGUUCCAAAUUACUGCAAAGUCUGUCCUGCUUUCGAUUAUAUCCAGAGACAAAUAUUACCUGCACAUGGUCAGAAAAUAACUUUUCUGGGAAUCUGGUGAACAUGACUCUCAAAGACAAAGAUACAGGAAAAAGUGCUUGUCGGAAAAAAAGUGUGGCCGCGAGUUCAUUGACACAUUCAAAUUGGACAUGUGAUGUAGAUUUGGGUGAAAGGAAGCUGUCCUCUGGAGAUUACUUCAAUCUUAUUUUUGUGCCGGAGAGAAAACUGGAAACUCGUCUUAACACUGAGGAAGAGAAAGAUGAAGCCAAACCACAAAACCUGCACUGUAAUGAUACUAAUGGAAAUAUUACAUGCUCCUGGCGAAUCAGAAAGGAGAUGGCUGAAUCUAUUGACUUUGUUCUCUUCUAUUACAAUGGUAAGAACGAAUCUCAGCCCAAAUGCCAACAGAUUUCAGACUACCUUUCCUGUCAUUGCAACAUAGCAACUGAUGGCCUGAACACGUCUGAUUUUUUAAAGACCAUCAGUGUAGAGCCAAGAAAACCUCAGCAUUCUUUUAAGCGAUUCAGGCUGUGCUUGAUAUAUAAACUGCCACCAAUAAACUUGACAAUCAAUGAAACAAAGCAAGGAGAGAUUUUCACUGUUUCUUGGAAGAGCACCAAUACAGAAAGUCGAGACUUUAAAUAUGUUUAUGAGCUCUGUUACUGGAAUGAGAAUGAUCUGAAAUUAAAGGAGGUCCACGAUAAUUGUCCAGAUACCUCAAUCAAUAUACCAGUCAACCAAGAUCCUAGUGUUAUACUCCGGCUUGAUAAACAUCUUAAGCCAAGCAGUAAUUACUCAUUGAUGGUUCGUGUACAUUUGAAGGAGGAUGGUACUAAUUGUUACCAGGGGCCAUGGAGUCAGUGGAGCAAAGUGCAAACACUGACCACCAAAGCAGUUCCCAGUCUCAUCGUGUUAUACAUCUUGAUUCCUAUAUCUAUAAUUUUUCUUGUAAUAUUUGCUAUUUUUGGGUACAAAGCUCUGGUAAGGUAUACAAGGCUGUGGGAUGAAAGUAUUCCAAAUCCAAACAAGAGUGCCAUCAUUAAAGGUUUACAGGAGACUAAGAAACCCAUUGCAUGUCAUGAACAGAAUGGAUCGUGUUUGCCUUAUGAAGAACAUCUGUACGUCGAGCCUUACAACAACAUAAUGAUGGGGACAUCUUCAGCUUCAAAAGGGUUUCCGUAUUAUUACAAUAAUGAAGAGCACAUCAGUAAACUAAAUAGCGAACUGGUUCCUCAGGAAGAUAGUCAAUGUUUUAUCCUUGGUGACCAUAUUACAGAAGACUAUCCAACAGCAUCUAUUGUUGAUGGGUAUAAGCCUUUUACAGACUUGGAGAGUGAACAAGAAAGCAAAGACAUAAAUGAUUCACAGUUCAUGUUUUCAGCCUUUGAUGGACCAUAUUUGUUCUCUGAAAGUAACUUAUGACAAUAGCUUUUCAAAUUUCUGUUAUCAUCAUAAAGUUAAUGGAUUUUCCAUGUUCUAAAUUGUAAAUAAACUUUGGGAAACAUUUAAUGAGAAA